AUGUCACUCUUUUCUCGUUUGGUUAGAUUCUUAGCCAAAGAUGGCAAGACUUAUUAUGGGGAUGCAAUCCUACCAAAGGGGAUAACGGACAUUUCAAAAGCAAAACAAGCCAGAAUUAUACAAGGCGAGAUAUUCGGGAAGCACCGUGUUACCAAUCAGAUAGCCGACAUCCGGAAGUUGCUAUCGCCCUUAGCAUUAGACGACGUGAAAACGGUGAGAUGCCUAGGUCUCAAUUAUGAGAAGCAUGCAAGAGAAUCAAAUAUGCCACUUCCCAAAAACCCUGUUCUAUUUUACAAACCCAUCACCUCUCUCAGCGGCCCGACAGACCCAAUUCCUAUUCAUCCUAUUGCCCAAGAAGGCACGGGUUUAGAUUAUGAAUGUGAGCUCGUCGCCAUAAUCGGUAAAGCCUGCUCCGACGUGCCAGAAUCCAAAGCCCUAGACCACGUCUUGGGCUAUGCUGUCGGUAACGACGUCUCCCAUCGGGACUGGCAGCUCCAGGGUGGUGGUGGGCAAUGGAGCCUUGGAAAGGGCUUCGAUGGGUGGGCCCCCUAUGGCCCAGGAAUCGUAAGCACACAAGUGCUCCGUGAUCCGCAAACUCUGCGCAUCUCCACGAAGGUCAACGGGAGGACGAUGCAGGACAGUAAUACCGAUGGUAUGAUCUUUAGUGUUGCGAAAACUAUUGCGUUCUUGAGUCGGGGAACCACUCUUCUGCCUGGAGAUUUGAUUUUCACGGGCACGCCGGAAGGUGUAGGCAUGGGAAGGAAACCGCAGCUCUGGUUGAAGGAUGGUGAUGUUGUAGAAGUUGAACUGGAAGGCGUUGGAACAUGUGUCAACAAGAUAGAGUUUACGAAAGUGGCUGGAGUCAAGUUGUAG